CGCCCUCGUGCAUAAACUGAUAGACAACAGCUUUCACUAAACGUGUGAUGAAGAUAUGACCCAAUUCUACUGCAUCUUCUAGCAUUUUUCUCCAAGAUUUUCGCUGCAUUUUUACACAAGGCUGUUGUGCAUAUGAUUAAAUCAUCAUGGGCACGGACAGUAACAACAGAGCUGGGAGUGGGGCGGCAUACACACGCUUUGCUGAGGAAAUGGACAUUGACGCUGUAGAUCUUAACGUGAAAGGAGCGCCGUCCAAAGUGACUGGUCUUAAACUCUUCUGUUUAGAACACUGGAAAGUCUUGAUUGUUCUUUUGAUUUCAUUUUGCUGCUUUGGCAUCGGCAUUAUUCUAGGACAUUUUCUCGCUGCGAGCGCUACGGUCACCAGCCAGAACGGUUAUCAUAAUACCACGGCGUCGAUUCCAACGGCGAAACCGACGUCAACUAAGUCUAGUGGAGAUUCGGGGAUCACAGUGGGACCGCCGAGUGCUAAACCGUCAACAAACUACAUGGCUUUAGUUCAUGGACAUAUUCAAAAGUUGAACUUUCCUACUAAUUUAAAAAAUUUCACGACCCUGCCCCAUCACGCUGGAUCGUCAGAAAAUACGCGUCAAGUCGACAGAAUCUACAGCGAUUGGAGGAGCUAUGGAUUUGAUGUCGCAAAGAAAAGUUAUUUAGUGUCGUUAUCAAGGCCGAAUCCAGCCAAGCCAAACAAAAUCACCAUUUCUGACAGUGUUACAGGGGCUGAUAUAGAUGUGUUUACUCCUGAUGACACUACUACAUCUCAGAUGCUUCAGCCUUUUGUAGUCUAUGGCACUAACGCAUCAAUAACAAAUAAACCACUGUACGUCAACUACGCCACCAGACAGGAUUUCAAGAUCUUAAGAACACUGACACUGCUGGAUUACAGGGGAUCAAUUUGUAUAGCUCGGCUCGGGAGAAUCUCUCUAGCUCUCAUGGCAUCAAAUAGCAAAGAACAAGGAGGCUGCAUCGGGCUUAUAGCCUUUCCUGAUCCUGAGCAAUAUAACAUGCCUGGAGUUCAAUACACACCGGCUAACACCUUCCCAUUUACCUGGUGGAUGCCGUUAAAUGGGGUGGUACGUGAAUCGGCUCGGUUCGGUCUGGGUGAUCCAUCAUCUCCAUUCUUCCCAUCUCAUGACUGGACACCAAGGCAGCCUAUCUCUAACCAAAUUGAGGAGUUUCCAGUCCAGACCAUAAGCUACAAUGACGCUACCGGUAUUAUCAGGGUUAUGGCUAAUCCUCCGGCUUCAAAUCUAGACUGGAUCGGUAAGCUAGAAUUAGAAAAUUACUAUAUGGGACCAGGGUUCCAUGAUCAGAAUCGUAAACUCACUAUGGAAGUGAACAAUGAGAUUAAACUGGUAAACAUCACCAAUGUCAUUGCCACCAUCAGGGGAACUGUUGAACCAGAUCGCUAUGUCAUCAUUGGUAAUCAUCGAGAUUCAUUGGCGCAUGGAGUGGUGAAUCCAGGAUCAGGAACCGUUUGUCUCCUGGAGGUUGCUAGAGUUCUGUCAGAGUUGAUGGGAGAAGGAUGGAGACCAAGACGAAGCAUCAUCUUAGCCAGCUGGGAUGCAGGAGAAGACGGUUCCAUCGGCUCCACAGAAUGGAUCGAGGAGAAUAUGGAGAGACUUCACUCUAGAGCUGUUGCUUACAUUAACUUAGAUGAAGCUGUCAGCGGGAACUACAGCUUUGCUGCUGCAGGGAGCCCUCUAUUGGCUGAUGCUCUCUACCAGGCCACUAAGGAUGUGGACUGUCCAGAUCCUCAACACAGUAACAUGAAGAUUUAUAACAACUGGGCCGCAAGGAGACCUGUUAGCAUCACAAAUCAACCUCAGAUGGAUCCCCUCGGUAGGACCAGCGACUCUGCUGCAUUCUUGAUGUUGGCUGGAGUGCCUUCGGUAGACUUCAAAUAUACUUACGACGAGGGCUUUUACAACGUGCCGAAUUUCCCAUUGUACCACACGGCUUAUGACAAUGGUGCCCUGAUGAAUUCUCUUGUGGACACUGACUACAACAUCCACGCCGCUGUGACGGAGGUUGCAAUCAAGACGAUCUUGAAGCUGUCUGACUCCCCUAAGCUUCCCAUGGAUCUUACUCAUUAUGGAGAGGCGUUAACGAGAUACAUCAACCAAUUAAAAGCACAAUAUGGCGAGGUUCUCACACAGAAUACGGUAUCAACAGAUUUUCUUGAGACUGCUAUUGUUGAUUUCAGUGGAGCAGCUCAAAUGUUCCAAGAGAAGUAUAAUGCCAUCUCAGAAUCUGAGGAAUACAGUGAGCUGAUGUUAAAAGAAAUGAAUGACCAUAUGAUAGCAGUUGAGCGAGCAUUCUUAGUCAAUGAUGGAUCAGCGGUGAGUCCUGACUCAAGACACUUGAUCUAUGGACUGAAUACAACGUCCGCUUACAAAGGAGCAGCUUUUAGUCCCAUCGUCAUGGCAAUUGACGUGGCAACCGAUACCAAUGAUUGGACAAGCGUCAGACAAGCUGUAGGCUACACAACACUCGGUAUCCAAGCAGCUACUGGUAUCGUUAACGAUGCCCAGUCGCACUGACAUCACCAUGGUAACCUGUAAAUUGUGUUAUUUAAAGCCAUUCGUUUUCUGUUUGUCUUUUGUUCAAAAUAUUUUACGCGUUUGGGUUGGGCAGUUGUUUUGGUUGAAGUGUUGUAAAAAAAAAAGUUUUUUUUUUUUAACUUCAUAGUACAGGUUUGAAUCACAGUAAGACGCAAUAAGUUUGUUUUGUUUUGUUUACGGUUGGGGCAGUUUUUUU